AUGAAUAAUUUAAAUGAAUUCAAAGAAAGAAUUUAAUUUCUGUUGGCAGAAGCAUUAAAUCCACCAAAAAAAUAAUAAUGCUUGAUAGAAUACAAUAGAUUACUUGUUGCAAAUAAAAGUGAUCAACACUAAAAAAUUGUAUUGCAGGUAUUAGAGACAUAAAGAGUGAAUGAAGUUAAUUUAAGGGCAUUAAAAAUAUCAGUGCAAGUUUAGAAAUAUGAUUUGAAUUCGUCCCUUAGAGCUGCUGUCAUUAUCAAUAAGGCAUUUAAUGAAGGAACAGAAGUGAUUUAUUAAUUGUGCGGAGAAUGUUACAGAUUAUUAGCUAAUUCUACAACUAUUGGUUCUUUGAGUGACACACUCUGUAAUUUAGCAUUAAAACUAUCUUCACAGCCCGUUUAAGUAAUAUUUAUAAUUUGAUUAAUUAGAUCGGCUCUACUAUUUCAUUGCAUUAUUUAUUGUAAUUUGAAGUUACACCUAAUACAAAGAAAUAAAUAUAAUCAGCAUAUAUCAAAAAUUAACUAAUAGUCCAUUAAUCAAUGGUUGAAAUAAUGAUUAAGAUAACUACGAGUUAGGAUUCAAAUUUAGUAUAAAUACUUUAAAGAAGUUUAGCCGCUCUUUAAGAAUAGAGACAUACAUAUUAAGUGAAAUAAACAUUAUGCAAAUUUAUGCUAGCAUUAGCUGAGUAUCAAAUCUAUGAUGACAAUUUAUUAGUAAUAAUUUCAGAUCAUAUUUUAGCUAUAAUGUGUAACUAUCUUGAGAGAAGCAACUUUCGAUAGAGUAGUAUCGGUGCAAUAAGCUGCUAAAUUAGCAUUAUAGUCAUACUAAAAUCUAUAUAUCGCUAGAAAUCCGCCUUAAGUAACAACAUCUAGUUAUUUUCCUGAUGUGAAACCGUUCAUUAAAAAGAAAAGAGGAGAUGGACAUUUGGUUUUGAAUGCAGAGAAAUAUAAGAAAAUGCAAAUAAGUUAAGUGAAGUAAUAAUUGGAGAAAAUUUAAGAAAAAGUAACAGAAUAAAAAAUACAAGAUUCCUUAAUUGAUCAAUUUAUAUAAUAAGAAUAAAAAUAAUAAGAGUAAUAAAACCAAGAAUAAAUAGAAGAAAUAUAAUCUGAUUAAGAUCAAAAUGAAGAAAUAACUGAAAAUAUCAAUCCUUAAUUAUAAGAUACCUAAUUGUUUGCUGAUGAACAAAUAGAAGAAACUCAAGAUUUUACAGAAGAUUAUUAUGACAAAGUAUUGGAUUUAGUUGAUGAUUCUUAAAUAGAUGCAGCAUUUAAAUUGGCUCUAUAUAAUAAUGAUGAUUUCCUGGUUAUCUAAUUGAUGAUGACAGUAAAAGAUUACUUUAGUGAAUUGAGUAAGAAGACUGCAGAGUAAUUAAUUAAGAAAUUCAAUGCAAUUUAUAAGUCUAAUUUUGUUGAAGUGAUUUUCAAAGACUUUGCAAAAGAAGCCUUAAGAGCACCCAAUAAAGAAAUGCUUAAAAUUGGAUAAAUAAAUUAAUUAUAAAAAUUUAUAUGA